ACCUCUUGGAAGUGUAAACAAUGGAGGAUGAGGAAAACCAAGUACAACUCCUGAAUGAAAAGCAGGUGCCAAACUCUGAGAGUGGUUAUGUGUGGCAUGUCACCGAUAUGAAUCGACUGCAGCGUUUCUUGUGUUUUGGUUCAGAAGGUGGUACUUAUUACAUCAAGGAGCAAAAGCUGGGCUUUGAAAAUGCAGAAGCUUUAAUAAGACUGAUUGAAGAGGGUAGAGGUUGUGAAGUUGUUCAAGAAAUAAAGACAUUUAGUCAAGAAGGCAGAACAGCAAAACGGGAGCCCCUGCUUUUUGCUCUUGCAGUUUGCUCACAGUGUUCUGAUGGAAAAACGAAACAAGCGGCAUUUAAAGCUGUUCCUGAGGUGUGUUGCAUACCAACCCAUCUCUUUACUUUCAUCCAAUUUAAAAAAGAUCUGAAGGAGGGCAUGAAAUGUGGCAUGUGGGGCCGUGCACUGAGGAAAGCUGUUGCAGAUUGGUACAAUGGAAAGAAUGGCAUGGCUGUUGCUUUAGCAGUUACAAAAUAUAAACAGAGAAGUGGUUGGUCUCAUAAAGAUCUUCUGAGGUUGUCCCACCUAAAACCUGCUAGUGAAGGAAUUGCUAUAGUCACUAAAUACAUUACCAAAGGGUGGAAAGAUGUCCAAGAGGCUUAUAAAGACAAAGCAGUUUCUGCUGAGACUGAAAAACUCUUAAAGUAUCUAGAGGCUGUGGAGAAAGUAAAACGCACAAAAGAUGAAUUGGAAGUUACUCAUUUAAUAGAGGAAUAUGGUCUAGUUAGGGAGCAUCUCCUGACAAAUCAUCUGAAAUCAAAAGAGGUUUGGAAAGCAUUGCUGAAGGAGAUGUCCAUUUCGGUAUUGUUGAGAAUUUUAGGAAAGCUGACAGCAAAUUCAGUGCUUGAACCACGAGGUUCAGAAGUGGCAAUAGUAUGUGAAAGACUGAGAAAUGAGAAACUGCUAAAAAAGGGUAGAAUACAUCCAUUCCAUAUUUUGGUUGCUUUAGAAACCUAUAAAGCUGGACAUGGAAGCAGAGGGAAGCUUUGGUGGCGUCCUGAUGAAGACAUUUUAGAAGCUUUAGAUGCCUCGUUUUAUAAAACUUUUGAGACAGUUGAACCAACAGGAAAACGCUUCCUACUUGCAGUUGAUGUCAGUGCAUCAAUGACACAAAAAGUUUUGGGCAGUGUGCUCAAUGCUAGCACAGUUGCAGCAGCAAUGUGUAUGGUUGUAGCACGUACUGAGAAGGAUUCCCAUGUUGUUGCCUUUUCACAUGAAAUGGUCCCUUGCCCAGUGACGGCUGAUAUGACAUUACCUCAAGUAUUAGUGAAAAUGUAUGAAAUUCCAAUGGGUACUACUGAUUGUUCCCUUCCAAUGAUAUGGGCUCAAAAAACUCAGACAGCUGCUGAUGUCUUCAUUGUAUUUACCGAUAAUGAGACCUUUGCUGGAAAUACUCAUCCUGCAACAGCUCUUAGAGAGUACAGAGAGAAAAUGGGUAUUCCUGCUAAAUUGAUUGUUUGUGGAAUGACCUCAAAUGGUUUUACGAUCGCAGAUCCAGAUGACAGAGGCAUCUGCUCUUCCCAGUUGGGUCCAUUGCUGCCAGCAGACUUCACCCUGGGAACUCCCAGCCAAAUAUACUUUAUUAGAAUAUGGCACAUUAUAUACAUAUCAGAACGUUACCUUUUUGUGAAGGGAAAGCAAGAAAAGCAGAUGAGAAAUCUCUUUUCUCUUUUUUCCUGUUGCACACAAUUUAAAAUAACAGUGGGAAGUUUUUUCAAAGUAGCUACAGGGUUACACAAUACAUAAUUUAAUCGCAUUCAUAAUAGAUUAUAAAUACUGAGAUAUUUUUAAUUCCCGCCCCCUGUUGCUGUGGAGUGCUUGUUUGCAAGAAUAAAUUGAUGAAUUACUCUUAGGAUGGGGCAGGAAAAAAAAGUGGGUUUAGUAUUUUUAAUAAUGUCAGUUUAACAGCAACUUGGUUGAGAGGGAUUUUUCUUUGGGCUUUUUUUAAUCUUUGUAUUUUAAACAAAUUACUAAGGUUCAGUAGUUUCCAUUGUUACACUUCAAAUCUAGAAAAGUAGUACUUUCUGGCGUGUAUGAGACCAUGUGACUGUGAUGCAGUAUGAAAGUUACCCAGUGAACUUUUAUACUGAUAAAACUGAAAGUGGAAGAUCUCAUGCUAAUCUUUUUCUAUCUAGAUUAUCAUCUGGGUUUUCAGGAGUAAAGUGUAAUUCUCUUUAGACAAAUUGAGGGGCAGUUUCUGUACAAUGCAGUUUCAGAAGCACUAUUUCAGAAUUAAUACACUUACAGGAAGUUCCAAAACCUGUUUUUAGUAGAAAAAGACCUUAGAAAUGGCUGGGAAGCCACAUUCAGUCCAUAUUGUAACUUCAGGAAGCAUCAGCACGCUUUCAGUGAGGAAGAUCAGCAAGUGCAUGUGUCUUGGCCCGCUCUUGAAAGCUGAGUGGUAACAACCAGAAACAAAAAGCUACAUUUUCUUCAAAAGAAUGUAUUCAAUGCUACAGAAACAAUCUUCCUAACAGGAGACUGUUUCAUUUUUUAAAAUCUUUUUGUAGGUUAAUGUUACUUCUGAUUUCAUAGAUUAAUUCAAGCUAACAUUUUUCAAAACUACCUCCAGUUUAUAGUGACCAAUUCUUAAAAAAUGUUAUGAAAUGUACAGUUGCCUCCUUCAUGUUCUCAAAAUCUUGUUUAGGAAGUGAUUGAAACUGGAUUUUUUUUUUUUUUUUUUUUGUCUGAUACUAAGAGUGUGAGUAAAUAAGGAGAAAGUUAGUGAAUAACUUACCACUUUGGAACAGGAAUUGAUAGCAAUUCAUGUGUAUAUGUAUUUAAUUCUGUGUGUGUGUUUUUAUAUAUGUGUGUAUAUGGGGAAGUUAAAAGAACUCUUUAGUAGAUCACAAUCUUAGAAUAUGAAAGAGGUUUUUUUUUUUAGUGAUGCUUUUACAACUUCCCCUAAGGCAUAUAUAUGUCAGCCUCUUUUAUGCUAAUUCUGGCUGUUUUAAACAGUGAAUUUGAUGUUAAUUUGAAAAUAAUUACGAUUUAUAAAAAUAACCCAGUUGUGGUAAAUGACAUGUAGGACCAUAUUUUUCUGCCUAAAACCCAAGCUUUUAACUGUAAAAUUCAAAUUCAUAUUGUACUUUUGAUACUUGUAAUACUUUUCAUUAUGCCUCGUACAUAUUUAUUAUAAAUUCAAAGCUCACAUUCUGUAGGAUGGCUAUAUCUUUUGGUGCUAAAUGUGAGGUUACAUGUUACUGAAGGUAUUCUGCUACAUACUUACACUCUACCUUAAUGAAUAAAUCAAAACGGUGAGGCAAGC